GCGACAAAUUAUAACCCCCUUUUCAUCCCCCAUCUCCUCUUUAGGCCAAAUAGCAGCCUUUAUUUAGCGAGCAGCAUCACAGGACUAAACCAGGUCAUUCAAUUAUCUUUUUUUUUGGAAAAUGUCUGUUACCAACGAACAACUCUUUUUGACUCCCUUGGCCGAGCAAGACCCUAAGGUCGCCGAGAUCAUGAAGAAUGAGGAGCAACGUCAACGUAGCUCCAUCAACCUCAUUGCUUCUGAGAACUUUACCUCUCGUGCUGUCAUGGAUGCUCUUGGAAGUGUCAUGAGCAACAAGUACUCUGAGGGUUACCCCGGUGCCCGUUACUACGGUGGUAACCAAUUCAUCGAUCAAAUCGAGACCUUGUGUCAAGAGCGUGCCCUCAAGGCUUUCAACGUUACUGCUGACAAGUGGGGCGUUAACGUUCAGUGCUUGUCCGGUUCCCCCGCCAACUUGGAGGUUUACCAGGCUAUCAUGCCUCCUCACAGCCGUCUUAUGGGUCUUGACCUUCCUUCGGGUGGUCACUUGUCCCACGGUUACCAAACCGAUGCCCGUAAGAUCAGUGCCGUCUCUACCUAUUUCGAGUCCAUGCCCUACCGUGUCGACCCCGAGACCGGUAUCAUUGACUACGACACCUUGGCCAAGAACGCUCAGCUCUUCCGCCCUAAGGUUCUCGUUGCUGGUACCUCUGCUUACUGCCGUUUGAUCGACUACAAGCGCAUGCGCGAGAUCGCCGACAGUGUCAACGCCUACCUCAUGGUUGACAUGGCUCACAUUUCCGGUCUCGUCUCCGCUGGUGUUAUUCCCUCUCCCUUCGAGUACGCUGACAUUGUCACCACCACCACUCACAAGUCUCUUCGUGGUCCCCGUGGUGCUAUGAUCUUCUUCCGCCGCGGUCUCCGCAAGCAUGACAAGAAGGGUAACCCCGUCUACUACGACUUGGAGGACAAGAUUAACUUCUCUGUCUUCCCUGGUCACCAAGGUGGUCCCCACAACCACACCAUCACUGCUCUCGCUGUUGCCUUGAAGCAAUGCGACACUCCUGCCUACAAGGCAUACCAAGCUCAAGUCGUGAAGAACGCCAAGGCCUGCGAGAACGAGUUCAAGAAGCUCGGCUACAAGUUGGCCGCUGACGGUACCGACAGCCACAUGGUUCUUGUCAACGUCAAGAGCAAGCACGGUAUUGAUGGUGCUCGUGCUGAGCGUGUUCUUGAGCUCAUCAACGUUGUCACCAACAAGAACACUCUCCCCUCCGACAAGUCUGCUUUGUCUCCCUCUGGUAUCCGUGUCGGUACCCCUGCCAUGACUACUCGUGGCUUCAAGGAGCAAGACUUCCUCCGUGUUGUUGACUUCAUCGACCGUGCUCUCACCAUUGCCGCCGACCUCCAAAAGAGCCUUCCCAAGGAGGCCAACAAGUUGAAGGACUUCAAGGCCGCUCUUGGUGAGGGUGAGAACAUCCCCGAGCUUGCCGCCUUGAAGAAGGAGGUUAUCGAGUGGACUUCUGCUCUUCCUCUUGCUGCUUAAAUGUAGUGAGCGUGGGCGCCACUGUACUCUUCAACAGACACCAAAAAAAUAGGCGUUGGUAUCUCAACUGCCUCGUCUCUCACAUCCUAUCCGUUUUAUAUAUAGUAACGAUAAUCUAUUUACGCUGUAUAA